CGCGUUUCAAAUGCGGCGUCUGCAAUGAAAUUUCUAACCUCUUAUUAUUUACACAACAUAAACUCUGCGGCCAAAUAAUAAAACAUCGGAAUCUAACGUUAUCCUGACGAUAUCAUAUAAGUGAAUUUCUGUACAUAAUGAUUUGAUCUUAAAACAAAACAAGAUGUCAAACAUAUCGAGAAGAUAUUUACUAAAAUUAUCUUACAUUGGAACAUCUUACAGAGGCUCUCAAAAACAUGUCAAUAAUGCGGUAGUAGACAUCGAUACCAUUCAAGGGGCCAUCGAAUACUCGAUGCGUAGGUUUAACUUUUCUAAUAUACCAACUAUAAGUUUGGCAGGAAGAACAGAUGCAGGUGUCCACGCUCUGUGUACCUCAGCCCAUGUAGACCUGGAGCACAGUGGAACUUUAGAUACCGAGUACUUGGUUAGGAUGAUGAAUCGCAACUUGAUAAAUGCCAAUCACGAAAUAAGGAUAAUGUCAGCUCACGAAGUAAGCAAGGACUUUCACGCGCGAUAUUCAGCUAAAUCUCGAACAUACUUGUAUAGGCUGAUAAUACCAAAAGAUCCCCUCGACCACAGAUUUCCAAUUGCAGAAGCAAACAGAUCUUUGUUCUUGAACAUGUACCCGCAGAAUUUUGACAUCGAGAGAUUGAGAAGUGGAAUCAAGUUGUUCUGUGGAACAAAGGAUUUUAUGACUUUCAGUGCCAGGAAACGUGACAGAAAUCCAGAGUUUGAAAUGAGAAGAAAUUUUGUAAGAACGUUGCAUGUAACUAUGAAGGAAGCAGGACCCCUGAUGUCGUUUGAUCCUCUGUCCAAAAACUUGGAUUACUGGCAUUUAGAAUUUACAUCGAGGUCUUUUCUGUACAAUCAAAUUCGAAGGAUAGUAGGGUCUCUGAUUGCUCUGGGUUCACAUAAGGUAUCUGAAGAAGAUAUACAGACAAUGAUACAAGUACCUUCGCACCACAAUUGGAAUCCACACGUUACACCAGCUGCUCCUCGUGGACUGUAUCUUAAAAAUGUGGAAUAUGACGAGGAAAUUACACGCGAAAUUUGUAGCUAAAACACAUUCUCAUAUUUAAGCUAUUGUAUAAUGAAGUGCCUCAUUGUAAAAAUGUAAAUACGUGUUUUGAAAAAGUCAAAUAUAAGAUUUUAGCAUUGAA